CCUAGCAACCGAACUCAAACGUUUCCCCGGGUGUUCCAGAUCUGUUACUGAGCGUCGACGUGAAACCCAGCGGAAGAUUGAUGGUUCCCAUGUUUCCGUUAGGAUGAGUGCAGGUCGGGUGUCUGAAGGAGCGGGCUGGUUCUCCUGGUGGGGCUUCAGUCCAGCCCGGAAUCUGCUCAGAUUCGGCCCUGUGAAAUCUGAUGGAGAAAUGAAUGUGCUGCUGGUUGGCAGCGGGGAUCCCAGACAUAUUUUGAAGACUAUUGCGGAUUCUCCAGUCGAGCAAAACCUUCAUAUGUGGGUGAUUGAAAGCAGCAUGGACGUCGUGGCUCGGCAGCUGCUGCUCCUCUACGUUACGCUGAUGCCACAGGAAAAGAUGGGAGUUAACGAGAAGACUGAAGUUUUCUUGGAGCUUUUUGGAAACACGGAAAUCCGGAGUCAGACAGAAGAGACGCUGCGGCGAGCCGCAUCACAACUCAUUCACUCGGUCACUGAAAUAACAGAGGACCCCAUAAACACCUGUCUGAACACAACACUCCUGAAGUUUAAAGAGCGGGAUGAGCUAGCCAGGAUAUUCAAGCUGUGGAUCCAGCCUGCAGGUUCUUCUCCUGUCAUCAUGUCCAAAGCCUGGGAUUAUCGGGUCAGGCAGCAUCUUGGUACCCGCUACAACUCCAAGAAGGGAUGUUUCGACUGGGACCUCACCAUGAAGCUGCAUGAGAAAGGGUGUGGAGUCAUCAGCAAACAGCAGUAUGUACAAUGGAGAGGAAAAGGUUUGGCGUUCGAAAUGAGGGAAGGAAUCUACCAAACAACCAACCCCACUUUACUCUCCACAAGGGUUUUUAAUAAGAAAGGAGACAAAGUUGGCAUCCAAGGCUACUGGGGAGACAUCGUUUCAAGCCCGUAUCUUUCUUUUGGUAUUGAAAGUGACGACAAGAAGCUGCUGAAAACACAGAAUGGGCAACACCUCAGUACGGCCCAGGAUAUCUCUUCUGCAAACCUGCAGGAGUUGUUCCGGUCCCUGUCCAGCAGGCGGCGCUAUCUCACUACUUCUCAUUCAGACAUGGAGGCGAAGGAAGCACCCAAACUGAGUCAGCAAAAAUCACUUAAUGAUUUAAUGCACCUCAGCGGCGUCUCUGUCACAUUUCUGCCUUUAGACUCUCUUCAAAAGCUGCCACAGAAGUAUAAAUACUUCCACUACUUCAACUCUAUUUACUUCUCUGCCAGCUGCGUCCACCAGUUGGACCCCAUGAUGGGACAGAUUGCUGCACCAGACGCUGUGCUUGUCGUGGAGCUGGCCAAGUACAUUUUGGACCUGAACAAGGAGCAGGAAGCGGGCUUUGCAGAGACGGUGGCGAACUUGGCGCUAAAGGCAGGAUUUGAACCCUGGUGUGAGGGCGCCAGUGAUGGCAGCAAUGAUGGCGUCCACUGCGUUUUCGUUCAGCAGAAAAAGUGAAGACGGUUUUUCUUCAGCACAGAUCUGCAAGCUGCUUCUGUUGCAACACCAUAACGUUUUUCUCAUGUUUUAUUAUAGUAGGAUUAUAUAAGAUUUUUCUUAUUUCUACUUCUUUUUCUCAAAACUUUUGUUCAUAUUAAAAUGUGACAUGCUCAUUUUAGGUUAUAAAUAAAAAAUAA